CCCCUGCACUUCCCCUCAUUCCCUGCGUUUGUUCCUCACUUUUCAGUGAGAGAGUAGAGACAGAGCGAGGGAGGAGGGUUUGGCCUUUGGCCUUCGAAAAUGGCUCGGAGCACGAGUUGCAGCAGAUGGGUUCCACUGUUUCUUCUGUUUAUUGCUCGCUUGGUUUUUGCCGCGGUUGAAGAUGGUCCACUUGUGAAUGGUGAUUUUGAGAAGGUCCCAUCAAAUGGAUUCUCUGGAGUUGGAGAUGGCCCAGUUUCCAUUCCUGAUUGGAAUACAAAUGGAACGGUGGAAUUGGUUGAAUCAGGUGAAAAACAAGGUGGAAUGAUCCUUAUAGUCCCUCAAGGUGUACAUGCAGUAAGGCUAGGAAAUGAUGCAGAGAUAAGCCAGGACAUUAAGCUUGAAAAGGGUUCAAUAUACUCUGUUACCUUCAGUGCUGCAAGGACAUGUGCCCAGUUGGAAUCUCUCAAUGUAUCUGUACCCCCGGCAUCGCAGACCAUCGAUCUCCAGACCCUCUACAGUGUGCAGGGAUGGGAUUCAUAUGCAUGGGCCUUUCAGGCCGACUCGGAAGAUGGACACUUGGUGUUCCGGAAUCCUGGCAUGGAAGAUGAUCCCACUUGUGGGCCAAUUAUUGAUGACAUUGCCAUAAAAAAGAUCUUCACACCCGAUAAGCCCAAAGACAAUGUAGUCAUUAAUGGUGACUUUGAAGAAGGCCCAUGGAUGUUCAAGAAUGGGUCCCUGGGCGUUCUGCUACCCACAAACCUCGACGAAGAGACAUCCUCAUUGCCCGGCUGGAUCGUCGAAUCCAACAGGGCUGUCAGGUACAUUGAUGUGAAUCAUUUUUCUGUUCCCCAAGGCAAACGAGCCAUUGAACUGCUCUCUGGAAAGGAGGGUAUCAUCUCUCAGAUGGUAGAGACCACACCCAAGAAGGAAUACAGCCUCUCCUUUUCACUGGGACAUGCAGGGGACUCCUGCCAACUACCCUUGGCAGUCAUGGCCUUUGCAGGAGACCAAGCGCAGAACAUCCACUACCUGCCUAUGGCAAAUGAGACCUUUGCAACUACAAACCUUACAUUCACAGCCAAGGCCGAGAGGACACGGGUGGCAUUCUACAGCGUGUAUUACAACACAAGAACCGAUGACCAUAGCUCCCUCUGUGGGCCUGUGGUGGAUGACAUUCGGGUGUGGGCGCUCUCUGGAGCCAAAAGAAAUUCGAGUGGUGUAUUGACUUUAGUGCUUGUGCUGUUGGUUUUGGCUCUGCUUUGAUUUAGGAUUUGCUUUGCUAUAUGAGGGCAGUUGGUAAACCAUCUUCCCACGUCUAUAUUGAAUAUGUGAGGUUUUCUUAGUUUCUUUUUCCCCCUUUUGGAUACUAAUGCAGAUGCCUUCCUUUACUACUUUGUAAGAUUGAAUUGAGUGAAUUAUCAAGCCUCCAACUUAUAUUUUUGCCUA